AUGGCUACAAGCAAUUUAGAGCUUGAUUAUGAGUUCUUACCAUAUCAUAGAGUUUACAAAAAUGGUCACGUUGAGAGACUUUUGGUUACUGAUGAAAUUCCUGCAGGUAUUGAUUCUCAAACUGGAGUUUCAUCAAAAGAUAUUUCGAAUAUAUUCCUCGAUUCUAAAGUUUAUGUUCGAAUUUACCUACCAAGUAAUUCUGAUAACCAAAAAUUGCCACUUGUUAUUUAUUUCCAUGGUGGAGGAUUUUGCAUGUUCACUCCAUCUUCGUCAAAAUAUCAUAAUUACCUCAAUGCCCUUGUGUCCGAAUCACGAGUUAUCGCGAUUUCGGUUCAUUAUAGAAGCCCCCCUGAGUACCCUAUUCCUAUUGCAUACGAAGAUUCAUGGCAAGCACUACAAUGGGUUUUUUCCCAUUGUAAUGGCAAUGGCCCUGAGCCGUGGCUAAAUGAACAUGCCAACUUUACGCGUAUUUUUUUGUAUGGAGACAGUGCGGGUGCUAACAUAGCUCAUAAUGUGGCUAUGGCCGCGGGAAAUAUUGAGCCUGGGCUUAGUGUUGAUAUUCUUGGUGUUGCUUUAGUCCAUCCGUAUUUUUGGGGGUCUGAGCCGAUAGGAUCGGAGAGUUUGUACCCAGAUAAGAAGAUGUAUGUGGAUAGAAUGUGGUCAUUUGUGUGUCCGUCUAAUCCAGAUAAUGAUGACCCAAGGAUUAAUCCGAUUGCAGAAGGUGCACCGGGUUUAAUGAGUCUAGGUUGUCGGAGAGUCUUGAUUUGUGUGGCGGAAAAAGAUAUUUUGAAGGAUAGAGGAUGGGCCUAUUAUCAAGCAUUGGGCCGGAGCGGGUGGAUGGGUGUGGUUGAGAUCCAAGAAACACAAGGGGAGGACCAUGUAUUUCCUUUGAAUGAUUUGCACUGUCAAAAGGCCCAAGAUUUUAUCAAGGAUUUGGCACAUUUCUUCAAUAGGGAAAAGCCUCACUUUUAA